AUGUGUGGAAUUCUGUUUCGUUUACGACAAAGUUCGAGCUCGAUUGAUGGAAAUCCUUCAAAUUCAUUCCACAAAGAUUUAUGGAAUCAAUUAAUGACUAAAAAUACGCAACGUGGUCCUGACAGCCAAGAUCAAUUUUCCGAAUCAUUAGAUAAUUUUGAAUUGGACUUUUUUGGUGCAGUGUUGCAUCUGCGUGGAAAAUCUGUUAUUAAACAACCUUUGAUAGAUAAUGAUCAAAAUGUUUUAUUAUGGAAUGGUGAAAUAUUUGAUGGUUUAGAGGUACCUUUUGGAGAAAAUGACACGAUUUAUUUAUCAGCAACCGUGAAAAAUAGUGAAAAGAUUAGCGACGAGAUUAAUGAUAAUAAUGGUGUCCUUAAGGUUCUUCGAAUGAUUGAGGGUCCAUACUCAAUUAUAUUCUGGCAGAGUUCAAAACGAAAACUAUGGUUUGGACGUGAUUGUUUAGGAAGACGAUCGUUAUUAUGGCAUAUUCCCACCA